UUCCUGGUUUCUCUUAAGAGAGUGGGUCAGUCAAUUUCCAAGUAAGUUUGGAGAUCUUGACGUGGUUGCCAGGAUUACGGAAUAAUUCACCGGUCCUUCUCCCCCAACAAGUGAUGACUAACUAGAAAGGAAAAGCAAACAUCUGAUAUGCCACUUGAAUUAAUAAAAGAAGUCAACGGAGUGCCUGAAGUUGAUCUGCUAAAUAAAUUACACAAAGUCGAUAUCAGAUCCCUACAGCCAGGUUGUGAUUAUGACAAGAAAUAUAUCCAGGGAAAACUCUCACUUAUCUCUUCUUUAAUUUGUGGUGAAAACAGAAGAGCUAUUUUAAAGAUUGGACUUCAAGAACAAGAUAAUUCGAGUUCAGAGAUCAGCAAGAUCAAUAUAUUAUUUUUUGGAAGCUUAGCAAAGGACUGUGCCAAAGUUUUCUAUGAAGGGGACACCAUUGCAGUGGCUGGAUUUGUUGUUUUGUCAGCAUCUUCAUCUCCAAGCAGAGAUGGUAAACAUUGCUUAUUUUUGAAAGCAUCUGAGAACUUCAAAUCAACUGUUUAUGUUUAUGUUAAAUCCGUAAGAGAUUGUUCUACAGAAUCAAUGUCUUUGGCUCCAGCCACACAUUAUGUAUAUACACCCCUGAAUCAACUUAAAGGUGGCAUGAUUGUGAACGUCUAUGGUGUCGUGAAGUUCUUUAAACCUCCGUACCUAAGCAGAGGAACUGAUUAUUGUUCAGUUGUAACAAUUGUGGACCAGACAAAUGUAAAACUAACCUGCCUGUUCUUUAGUGGAAAUUAUGAAGCCCUUCCAAUGAUUUAUAAAAAUGGAGAUAUCGUUCGCUUUCACAGGCUGAAGAUCCAAGUAUAUAAAAAGGAGACUCAAGGUAUCACCAGCUCUGGCUUUGCAUCUUUGACAUUUGAGGGAACUUUGGGGGCUCCUAUCAUUCCUCGUACUGCAAGCAAGUGUUUUAACUUCACUGCUGAGGACCAGAAAAUGGUAGAAGCUUUACGUAUUUGGGCAUCAACUCAUAUUUCACCUUCUUCAAUAUUAGUCAAAUUGUGUGAUGUCCAGCCAAUGCAGUAUUUUGACCUGACUUGCCAGCUCUUGGGCAAAGCCGAAGUGGAUGGAGCAUCAUUUCUUCUAAAGGUAUGGGAUGGCACCAGGACCCCAUUCCCAUCUUGGAGAGUCUUAAUACAAGACGUUGCUCUUGAAGGUGAUUUAAGUCGCAUCCAUCAGCUGCAGAAUCUGACAGUAGACAUUUUAGUCUAUGAUAACCAUGUUCAAGUGGCUAAAUCUCUAAAGGUCUUUCUGUUCCUCUCCAGUCCAAGUCCUGAACAGUACCUACCAAGUGCUUUCCAUAUUGUUGGAAGCUUCCUUAGAAUUUAUAGCCUCCAUACCAAACUUCAGUCAGUCAGUUCAGAGAACCUAGCAACGUCUUUAGCCCUAGAAUUUCAUCUCCAUGGAGGCACAAGUUAUGGUCGGGGAAUCAGAGUCUUGCCUGAAAAUAACUCCGAUGUGGAUCAGCUGAAAAAGAUUUUAGAAUCUGCACAUUUGCCCCCCAACCAGAGUUUUGUCGGUGUAUGUCAAUCAGAGCAAGAGGACAGCUUUUCAAACAUUUCAAGCUCUGGAUCAGUAUCACUAUAUGAAGUCGAAAGAUGUCAACAACUCUCAGCUACAAUACUUACAGAUCAUCAAUAUUUGGAGAAAACCCCACUGUGUGCUAUUUUGAAGCAAAACGCUCCUCAACAAUAUCGUAUCCGAGCAAAACUGAGAUCAUAUAAGCCCAAAAGACUCUUUCAGUCUGUCAAACUUUAUUGUCCUAAGUGUCACUUACUGCAAGAAGUGCCACAUGAGAUUGAUUUGGAUAAGAUUUUCCAAGAGGGUGCAAGCACAACCCCAGAUACAAAGCUACAAAAUACAUCCUUAUAUAAUUCGAAGGUCUGGACCACUAAAGAUCAAGGAGAACGAAAAGUAGCUAUUCAUUUUGUGAAAAAUAAUGGUAUUCUUCCACUUUCAAAUGACUGUCUAAUUUUGAUAGAAGGAGGUACACUCAGUGAAAUCUGCAAACUCUCAGACAAGUUUCAUAGUGUAAUUCCUGUAAGAUCUGGCCAUGAAGACCUGGAAGUCCUUGACCUUUCAGCUCCAUUUCUUAUACAAGGAAAAAUACAUCACUAUGGAUGUAAACACUGCUCUAGUUUGAGACCAAUAAAAAAUCUAAAUUCCCUGGUUAAUAAAACAUCGUGGAUUCCUUCUUCUGUGGCAGAAGCACUGGGCAUUGUUCCCCUCCGACAAGUGUUUGUGAUGACAUUUACUCUUGAUGAUGGAACGGGAGUAUUGGAAGCUUACCUCAUGGAUUCUGAAAAUUUCUUCCAGAUUCCAGCAUCAGAAGUCUUAAACAAUGAUAACCUUCAGCAUAACAUGGAAAUGAUCAUGGAUAUGUUUUGUCCCCCAGGAGCAAAAAUUGAUGCGUAUCCAUGGCUGGAAUUCUUCAUCAGGUCAUAUAAUGUCACAAGUGGAAAGGAGCAGCAGAUAUGCUAUCAGAUUUUUGAUACUACAAUUGCAGAUGAUGUUAUCUAAUUUUGACAUUCAGCUUAGAGCAUAUGAAAUAUUGUACUUUUAGAAAACAUUACCAUUUUCUAUGAGAUUGCUAUAAAACACAUGAAAUAUCUAAUUCUGUAGUUUAUUUUCCAUUUUAGCCAGUUGUUUUUUUGUUUUUUUGACCAAUAGGCAUUGUGUUAUCUUAAUGCCUUCUUGUAAGUUCAAAAUGUUCCUGUUGCUCAGAAUCUCCAAUAUGAUAGCUGUGAGGGGUAUAAAAGAGAAACAUCAAAUAAAUAAGGACUAUGUUUUCACUUA